GUCUGCGCCUGCGUGGGGAGGCGCGCUCUGGGCCGGCAGGCGGCACUGGGAGCGAUAGCGGCGACGGCAGCGACGGCAGCCACGGUUAUGGGGAGCGGAGGCGUGAUCCACUGUAGGUGUGCCAAGUGUUUCUGUUAUCCUACAAAGCGGAGAAUAAGAAGGAGACCCCGAAACCUAACGAUCUUGAGUCUCCCUGAAGAUGUGCUCUUUCAUAUCCUGAAAUGGCUUUCUGUUGGAGACAUCCUCGCUGUCCGAGCUGUGCACUCCCACCUGAAGUACCUGGUGGAUAACCAUGCCAGUGUGUGGGCAUGUGCCAGCUUCCAGGAGCUGUGGCCUUCUCCAAAGAACCUGAAGCUCUUUGAAAGGGCUGCCGAAAAAGGGAAUUUUGAAGCUGCUGUGAAGCUGGGCAUAGCCUACCUCUACAAUGAAGGCCUGUCUGUGUCUGAUGAGGCCCGGGCGGAAGUGAACGGGCUGAAGGCCUCUCGCUUCUUCAGUCUCGCGGAGCGCCUGAAUGUGGGCGCCGCACCCUUCAUCUGGCUCUUCAUCCGCCCACCUUGGUCGGUGUCCGGAAGCUGCUGCAAGGCCGUGGUUCACGAGAGCCUCAGGAUGGAGUGCCAGCUGCAGAAAACUCACAGAGCAUCCAUACUGCACUGCUUGGGGAGAGUGCUGAGUCUUUUUGAGGAUGAAGAGAAACAGAAGCAGGCCCGGGACCUGUUUGAAGAGUCUGCUAACCAGGGGUGUUUGACCAGCUCGUACCUCCUCUGGGAAAGUGACAGAAAGAUGGAUAUGUCAGAUCCCGGACGAUGCCUCCACAGCUUCCGGAAACUCAGGGACUUUGCUGCCAAAGGCUGCUGGGAAGCGCAGCUGUCUCUAGCCAAAGCCUGUGCACACGGAAACCAGCUCGGACUGGAAGCGAAAGCCUCCAACGAGAUAGUCUGCCAGCUGUUCCAGGCCUCCCACGCUGUCAGUAAGCAGAGGGUCUUCUCUGUGCAGAAGGGACUCAAUGACACAAUGAGGUACAUUCUCAUCGAUUGGCUGGUAGAGGUCGCCACCAUGAAGGACUUCUCAAGCCUGUGCCUUCACCUGACCGUGGAGUGCGUGGACCGGUACCUGCGGAGGCGGCUGGUGCCCCGGUACAGGCUCCAGCUGCUGGGCAUCGCCUGCAUGGUCAUCUGCACCCGGUUCAUCAGCAAAGAGAUCCUGACGAUCCGGGAGGCUGUGUGGCUCACAGACAACACGUACAAAUACGAGGACCUGGUGAGGAUGAUGGGAGAGAUCAUCUCUGCCUUGGAAGGAAAGAUUCGAGUCCCCACUGUGGUCGAUUACAAGGACGUCCUGCUGACGCUGGUCCCCAUGGCGCCAAGAACCCAGCACCUGUGCAGCUUCCUCUGCGAGCUCUCCCUGCUGCACACCAGCCUGGCCGCCUAUGCCCCGGCCCACCUGGCUGCAGCCGCCCUGCUCCUGGCGAGGCUGACACACGGGCAGACACAGCCCUGGACCACUCGGUUAUGGGACCUCACUGGGUUCUCCUGUGAAGACCUCAUCCCCUGUGUCUUAAGCCUUCACCAAAAGUGCUUCCACGACGAUGCCCCCAAGGACUACAGGCAGGUCUCUCUCACCGCCGUGAAGCAGCGAUUUGAGGACAAGCGAUACGAAGAGAUCAGCCAGGAAGAGGUGCUGGUGCUGAGCUACGGCCAGUUGUGUGCAGCUCUAGGGGUGAAACAAGAGAGCCCAGAACCCGCAUCUUUCCUCAGCACAGGGGACAUUCACACCUUCCUAAGCUCUCCCUCUGGAAGGAGAACCAAGCGGAAACGGGAGAACAGCCUCCAGGAGGACAGGGGCAGCUUCGUCACCACGCCGACCGCAGAGCUGUCCAGCCAGGAGGAGACACUGCUGGGCAGCUUCCUGGACUGGAGCCUGGACUACUGCUCCGGCUACGAGGGCGACCAAGAGAGCGAGGGCGAGAAGGAGGGUGAUGUGACGGCUCCCAGCGGUGUCCUCGAUGUCACUGUGGUCUACCUGAACCCGGAACAGCACUGCUGCCAGGAAUCAAGCGAUGAGGAGGCCUGCCCGGAGGAGGAGGGGCAUCAGGACACACAGGCGUCGGCACCAGGCAGCCAGACACCUUGGACCCCAGGGCUCGAGCGCCCUCUGUGUAGUAGGAGGGGGCCAGGCAAGGACAUCACGACCUCAGGGUACUCCUCUGUCAGCAGCACGAGUCCCACAAACUCCGCAGACGGCUUGGGGGGCCUUCCCCGAUCUACCUCAGUACUGUCCCCGGGCAGCAACUUGAACACACAGCCUUGCCACCAUCACGCGAGGAAGUCGUGUGUACAGUGUCGUCCCCCAAGCCCCCCGGAGAGCUGUGCUCCCCAGCAACAGGUGAAGAGGAAAAACCUGUCCGCCCACAAUGAGGAGGAGGAGGACAUGAACUUGGGCUUUUUGAAGCUGUGAGUGUGUCAGUGCGUUUGCUGCAGUGAAUGUUU